AGAACUUCUAUCAAAAUGGCUCGUGCUAUUGCUAUCGAUGCUCCACUUUCCGCUGGAAUCAGAAGAACAAAGAAAAGUCCAAUCAAAAGAGCAUCAGUUGGUGGAGUUAAAAAGAGAUUCUCCACUGGAACUGCUGGACCAUCAAGAAGACCAACUGCGCAACCAAGACGCCAAAGUGGAGGAAUCAGAACAGUUGACAGAUCUAUUCCAGCAAAUGAAAACCGUGAAGUACGUAUCAACUUGUCAAACUUGGCCCACACCGUUCACUCCGGGGACCUUCGUCAACUCUUCGCUGAAUUCAAAAUUCGAAACGUCUCCGUGAACUUCAACGAGCACGGAAAACCAGUAGGAACCGGAGAUGUGACUCUCCCAAAACGUCACGCUGAUCGUCUCAUCCAAAAGUUUGCCGGAGUCUCACUCGACGGAAAGGAGAUCAAAUUCGCUAUCAUUGAUUCAGCAAAUAUUGCAAACCGUGUCAAGUUCCCAGAAGCUCCAAGAAGAGCUCCAUCAAAUGGAAGACCAGCUCAAAGAGCACCAAAAAGGCAGAAUGUUAAAUCAGGAAAACCAACAGGAGGGGCUGGAGCUCAAAAGAAAUUGAAGGCCAAGAAGCCAAAGAGAGAAGCUCAACCAAAGAAGACACUCGAAGAGUUGGAUGCGGAGCUCGAUGUGUAUAUGUCAAAAGCCUAAUAAUUUAAUUUAAUCCAAAUUUUACUUGUUUGUUCUCAUGUUUUCAUAACUUAUAAUUUUGUACCUAAUAAAAACAUCAAAAGCUAG